GAGAUCCACCCUGUUGGAGCCUUUGGAUCUGCGAUGGGCCGUCGUAUUCCGUCGGGAGGCGAGCGGAUGGGCUUCCCGUGCGCGUCACGUGGACACCAGGAUCUUCUGUGAUUGGAACCUCGAGCUCAAUGUUCAAAAAAAAAACCUCGAGCUCGAGCUGUUCUUGUAGACUGAUGAAAAGCACGCACUUGCAUCCACACGCCACAGCGGUUUCUUCAUGCAGAAAAUCUCGGCCGAACAGAGCCGAUAGUAAUCCGUGGGCCCCUGGUGACAUUGCGGCCUACUCCCUCCACUCUCCAUAUCUUAAUCAGAACACAACUGAAGAAGCUACAGCUGCCCAUCCCUCUCCCCUCCCUUGGCUGUCUCAAAUGGAUCGCGGCGGAGCUGGUUACGGGAUGCCCGGGAAGGAGGAGCAGCAGGCGGCGGGUUCCACCAACCAGAAAACCGAAAGCUUCGAAGGCUGUUCCAGCUCCAGUAGCGUGAAGAAAAUUUACCCUAUUGACAGUCCAAUUAAGAAACGGAAGCCACAGUAUGAUCUCAAUGAUACAAGGCUGUCAUCGCUGAAAUACAAGUUCCAGGACCGUUUAGCUUGGCAGGAGAAUGAGACUGCAAGAACAGAAAGCUUAGGAGGCGAUGGCAUUUUCAUCGACAAGAAUUGUGACACCGACAUGGUCAAUGGUGUUAAGGAAUUGGACUCUUGUGAGAAUACACAAAGCCUUCUAGGUGGGUGCAUCGAAGUCGACUCCAUAAAUGGAAUCGAAAGCCAAUCUAUGAGAAAACGGGCGUCUGUAUCCAGCAGCUCAAGCAACAACAUUUCAUCUGACGCCUACAGUUCUUUCAAUAGCUGUGGCACCAAAAAGACUGCCAGCUGGGUGAGGCCACGCCUGGAGCAUGAUCACCCGGGUUUGAUGCUGCAACCAUACGAUGAUGACAUUGAGAGGAUGUAUGAUGUGAUGAAUGAGCUAGCAAAUGGCGAUGGUUCUGUAGAUCAUAUCAUGGAUGAGAAGCUUUACUCGAACGGCGUCGACGAUUUCAUGAUUUUGCCAGCAGGCAAGACUGGAUGCCAUGGUGAGAAGAAGAAGCUAACCAUCGAUCAAGAAUUCGAGCAGUACUUUUCAAAGCUCAUGCUUUAGUACUUUUCAAAGAAGCUCUGCAUCCUAACCUGUCUUGAACUAGCAAAUGCAAGUCGAACUACUAUCGGCGAAUUAAUUCUGUAUUUUAACUUAAAAUCUUGCCUCUGCAAUGUGUAUAUAUGUUAACACUUUCAGACCCUACCUUUAGGGGCCAUCAAGUAUUGGCAUCCGUUGUGUCAUGGGUGUAGAUCUGUGCAUAAAGGUACAUCUGGAAUUCUGAUUAACGUGCUAUGUUCAUGU